UGCGCGCCUCUUUGGUCCCGGUAGCGCUGCAUCUCCUGGCGCUUCCAGCGAUAGUAAGUUGCGAAGAGUCGACUUCUUCGAAAAUGGUGAUCCAUUGGUAGCUGGUGGAGAUAGCUUGCCUGGAAUGGAAUGUGAAGGAGACUAUUUUCAAGUAGACUCGCAGGUAGUACAAGAACACACUCAAGUACAACAGGUAGUUCAGCAACAGCUGCAAAAUUCUGGGACGACACGCUGUCCUCCAGGUACUGGACAACAACAACAUGGUAGGACCACACGUGAAGAUUGUCCGCCACUACCACUACCACCUGCAGUGGCACCUCCAGACGAAGAAUUUGUGCAGAACAAGCGGCUCUGUAAGUUAAGGGCGUGGGAAAUCCAUCCCCAAAGCGACUUAUCUGGAAGAAGAAUGAAAACAAGAAGAAGGGACCCAGAUGAGGGCUGGGAUGAAUUUCCUACAACGUCUAAGUAAAGGACUAGACUCACCCGCACAAGCAGGCAAGAGACUUCUGCGCGAAUUGCUAAAGCAUCAUGCUGAAGAAAUGUUAAACCAUUGGAUUUUUGAUUCCUGGCGAACAGUGGCCUUCGACUUCGAAGGGUUCCGUUUGAAAGCACUGCCACUACUCGUUCGCGCAGCUUACAAUAUACCGAUUCCAGAAAAAGAGAAACAAUAUUGGGGGAAAGCAUUGCCGAAAAGUGACCAAACACAAGAAGAGGAGACUCAGGUACUGAUUUUGAUUUGACUCUGCUGCUGGAGUGUAUACUUAUGGAGUAUCUUCGUGAUCUGUGUUGUAGCUGUGGACUGCCUAGGCAAUGAUAAUCAAUUUGAUGUGAUUUCUCGCCUUCUGGCUAGGGAAUCAUUGAUGAUUGGACUCAAAUGUGUAACUCAUUGUCAACUGUGUCCAGGUACCAGUAAGGAGAAGAGAGAAUCAGGGCGUAGACGACGACAUACGGCGCAUGGGUCCACGAGGAAGAGCGAAUGGCCUGUCACCUGCGGCAGCCCUUGAAGCUAGUGUCCUGGAUGGCUUGAUUUUAUGACGCUGCAUAAGUCAGGGAAAUCGUAGGCAGAUUGCCGAGUAGAUUCAGAUCAUCACCAAGGCCCACUUUUUGAAAUCAAUUUGAAUGGAACACUAGGAUUUGGCAUUUAAGAUUUGACUGUUACAAACUAGCAUCCACAAGCUUCGCCCGGCUUCAGUUUCGCACUUUUCUGCCUCCCACGGGCUGCGGCCGCUAGAGUAGAGACAGCCCGCGGGUGAGCUGUUGCACCCUGCGAAUUGGCUAGGAGGUCUUUCGUCAAAGGUCUGCUCUCCUCUUAGGUCUCUUCUUUCGUCGCAGGUUUUUCGUGGAAGGUCUUCCGUCGAAGGUCUUUCGUCGAAGGUCUUGCUGCGUCAAAGGUCUUGCGUCAAAGGUCUUGCGUCGAAGGUCUCUCCCCGUCAAAGGUCUGCUGUCAAGGGUCUUCCGCGCAAGGUCUCUCGUGUCAGGUCUUUUGCCAAGGGUCUUGCGUCUAAGGUCUUUCGUUCAGGGUCUUUUUUCGAAGGUCUUCUGUCAGAGGUCUCUCGUCGAAGGUCUUUCGUCAAAGGUCCUUCGUCAAAGGUCUCUCGUCAGAGGUCUUUCGUCGAAGAUCUUUCGGCAAAGGUCUGGCGUCACAGGUCUCGCGUCGAAGGUCUUUCGUCAAAGGUCUGCCGUCAGAGGUCUUUGGUGGGAGGUCUGCUGUCAAAGGUCUCUGGUGAGAGGUCUGCUGUCCCGGGUCUUUCGUCAGAGGUCUCUUGCCAGGCGUCUUCUGUCAGCGGUCUUGCGUCAGAGGUCUUUUGUCAGAGGUCAUCUGUCACAGGUCUUGCGUCGCUUCGGACUUCUCUUCGCAGCUUGCGCCUCUACCACCGUCGGGCAUUUUUCUGGCUUCUUUUCUGGUAGUCUGCCACGGGGCCGCAACGUAUUCCCCAACAUGAAAACGGUCGGAGACUAUCGCGGAUCGAGAUGGAGGGGAAGGGGCCGGAGGCUAAGAGCAAUAGCCCCGCGGGAGAAGUGGACUAGUCUCCGGUGGAGUAGGCGGGGAGUUUUGUGGCGGUGAUUAGUGGCGUGGCUAAAUAUAGAGCAAUAAUAUAGAGCAAGAAUAUAGAGCAAUAAUAUAGAGCAAUAAUAUAGAGCAAUAAUAUAGAGCAAUAAUGUAAAGCGAUGAUAUGGCGUGGUAAUAUCGAGUAAUAAUAAAGGGCAAGAGUAUAGAUUAAUAAUAUAGAUUUUUUUUUGUAAUGUUUUUUACCUAUCAACUUAUAAUAAUUUGUUGAGACGUGAGGGUGAUCAUGAUCGUGUUCCUUUCAUCUUAUCCCGGAGACCCUGGGUGGCCCGAAGCUUGUAAACGUCGUCAUGGCGCAAGAGUUUGGUCCGUUGUCACCCAGUCACGCAAACCUAUGGAUUAUGGCCAAGACCGAAGCGCCUUUGGAAGUGCGGCGAAGAUGUUUGCACAGGAAAGACGCAUGGAUGAGCUCGUUGCAGCCUCUCGCCGUCUAGCUGAGAAAGCGGCAGCAAAAUCGAAGGAGCUGAAACAAGUAAGAAAGACUUUCAUUCCAGAUUCUACUCGGAUUUGUUGUCCCUAAGAGGGCAGUUGUCCACAGAUUUCUUGUCCCUAGGUUUGUUUCAAAUAAUACUUGUGGAGGCAUUGUUUCCUAUAGAGUCUUUGGUCAUCAGUACAACAAAUGGCUAUGAGACGGUAUUAUCUGUCUCGAUGAAGAAUUCAUCUCAAGGUUUCCAGUGCAACAACGGAUUAGAGGUGAUAUCGUGUUAUCUUCAUGGUCUCCGUUAUUUGUAAAACAUCGAGCAUCCAUCAUACAUCUAAUAAAACAGCGAGCAUCCAGAGGACAGCACAUGUCAUGCGCGGAUAUAUGGCCGAUGUUCACUGCCGAGCCGUUACCUUUGCGGUUGCAUUUCGGAGAAGACAGAAGUCCGGCUUCCGCAGUACACCAGUCAGUAGAUAUGGCUUUGUUUGCUAACGGAGUCCAGUAUGUUGAUAGUAAAAAAAUGUUGAUCUUCAUAGUGUCUUUCAUGUGGCUUCUAGUGUCAGUCUUUCAUGCAUAGGGUUUGAGAAAUAUUUUGAUGUUUAAGCACUCGGUUGUAGAGAGAAGAACAUGAAGCGAUUACGUCUACAACCAAUGCAUUAAAAAUGAAGCGACUUUGGAUCUUCUAAGAGAUACCUGAGCGAUCGAAAUUUCGACCAUACGGUCUCCAUGUUGUUGGAUUUUAGGGGAAAGAGGGAUCCUAUUCCACUCGCGGAGCGCAGACAAGGACCAUUACCGAGUCAGAAUAGCGUGCAACUGACCGAAACGGCAAAUUUCGAACAGUUUCUGAGUCUUUAUGAUGCUGAACGUUCCAAGGAGUAAGUGAACGAAGCUCCCUAAGAGAAAGUGAAAGAGUGUGAUGCUUUUUCGAUCAUGUUCUCUUCCUCUUGCUUUUACUGUAGGUAUCUAUAAGAGUGUGUGACCGUGAGUCAAGAAGUUUUGGCAAUCUAGGACAAGAAGUGCACUAAAACUAAUGCUUAUUAACUACUUAGUAGCUGUAGGUGUAGCAGCCUAGACAAGUUCACUGAUACUUAUUAACUAGCUGUAGGACGUCUUACCCCUACGUCUUCCGUAGUUCCACUCUACAACAGUACUAAAAGCUUAUAGAAGACUCUCUGUACAGUAUUAAAAGGCUAUAAACUCUCUGUAUUAAGGUAGGAGUCCGGGGGGGAUCCCCAACCAGAAGUUUCCCCAACCUAACCAAAGCUUACUUGUCUAAGUUAAACCCUACGGUAUUGAAGGCGACUAUCGAGGACCGCCGAGUGACGAUGACGGAGGACCUUCCAGUGACGAGGGCUCGAAGGAUGGACGAGACGACCAUGGACGACACGACAAUGGAGUUGAGCUUCCAACUUUAAGGGAUCUUCCUUCUACUUUGAGGCUCUCAGUAAAAUCGUUUGGACUCCACCGCCCUCUUUUGGACUCCACUGGAUACUUGGUUUGCGAACUGGAUAAAACUGGGAUCACCCUUCCGGCGGUCUCGGCAUACAAAAAAAAAAGAUUAAGUCAGGGUGGGGCACAUGAAUGAAUGACUGCUCUAACUACGGCGGAAGACAUAUCGGCUUCUCUUCGAUUAGCUGAGAAAGUUUUGACGAAUGAACAAGUGGGCCUGCUGUUCGGAUUCGAAAAAAUUCAGAAUCUGAUAGCUGGCGUUCAAGAAUUUAUGCAUCGGCGAUUAAAAAAAGUAAUAGUAGGUAGUGCUGCUUUUGGCAGAGUCUGUCUGUGAGAAGUAGUUUAUUAUAACACCCUCUCCAAGUAGAACGUUUCCCUUAUCCAAAACUGACGAGAAAAUACGAAAAGAUGCUGUAGGCAAGAAGGUGGAUUCCUCUUCAUCUGGCGUGGAGCUGUAAGAUCUGGCUCUAUGUAGGCUCCUUUUCACUCGCUGGCUCGGAGUCUGGAUACGAAUGCUGGGUACACUACUACUAUGUAGUGUCUCUUUUUCACUCAAUUAGUUGCUCAGUCUCUAACGACUUAGCCAAGCCUCCAGUUCCAGUUGGAGCUGCUAGCGGGAGUAGUUCUGCAGGAAGUGGCAUACCAAGUUUCGCUGCUGCGGUGUUUGCGCGUAGUGGCCAUGCUUAG